AUGGAAUAUUUUGGAAUAUAUUUAAUACUAGCCACAGCAGUCCUUGCCCAGGAAUACAGAAAAUUUGGCCUAAACUGUGAGGAUAUAGCCUGCAAGUCCGGCCAAAAGUGCAUCAUAUCCAGAGUUCCCUGCAACAGUCCACACCAACGAGAGGGAGAGCAAUGUGGAACGUAUCCGGAAUGCGAAACAGAUCAGCUGGCCAGCGAUUUCUCCAUCGACACCACACUGACCAUCGCCAACACCCGCAGCAGCAUCAUCAUACCCAGCACAGUCACGAAUCGUAAUCGGACUUAUAGGGAUAAUGAGAUUGAACUGCUGACCGAUUUCAGUAAUGUCGAUAAAUUUGCCACCCAUGCUGGGCAACGGCAGGCCAAUGUUUUGGUUAUUGUCCAGGAUGGUUCCCAGCAACCACAACAACUAAAUCCUUGGCUGAAUCGAGGACAAAGUACCCCUCCAUGUACAGUCAAUCCCCUCUAUCCGUAUUCCUGUAAUUAUCCAGGUUAUGCUCCAAAUUCGGGUUCGGGUUUAUCUUCUUACCCGCAGGCCAGAUCGCCCAGGGUGCCACAGUUAGUUCCGCCCACUCCGCCUUGCUAUUACAAUUGCUAUCCCAUGGUUAGGUCGAGUCCAUACGGUCAAUAUGGCUAUCCUCUUGCUAGAUCAGCCAAUCCCUCAUCCACAAAUAAUUAUUUAAUCUAUCUAACAUUAGCUGGCUAG